CCGCGGCUCGACGCGAGCGCCCACUGACCCAGCCCGGCACAGAGCGCACAGCCGGUGCCUUCCCUGCACCCCGGCACCGUGGGGGCCUCUGUGCCAUGUGGGCGCUCAGCCUUGGCCUCGUGGCCCUGACCUGCGCCACGACGGCCCUGUGUGCCACCAGAGCCCAGCGCCGGGCCCUGGACGGGGGCGGGCGCCGGCGCUACCACCGCGUGCAGCACGGUCACUGCAGCUACACCUUCGUGCUGCCCGAGGCUGACCCGCUGCCCUGCCCGGCCUCCCCCGGCCCUGCCCCCGGCCCGGCCAACGCGCUGCUGCAGCGGGACUCGCCGGCCGGCACUGCACAUGCCGGGCACGGGGCUGCCCAGCGCCUGCAGCACCUCGAGAGGAUCCUGGAGAACAGCACCCAGUGGCUGCUGAAGCUGGAGAGCUACAUCCAGGGCAGCGUGAAGCCGGAGGUGGCGCAGAACCAGACGGCCACCGUGCUGGAGAUCGGCAGCUCCCUCCUCAACCGCAGCGCCGAGCAGAGCCGCAAGCUCACCGACGUGGAGGCCCAGGUGCUGAAUCAGACUUGGCGCAUCGAGAUGCAGCUCCAGGAGAAUUCCCUGUCCACCACCAAGCUGGAGAAGCAGCUGCUGCUGCAGACCAACGAAAUCCACAAGCUGCAGAACAGGAACAACAUCCUGGAAGUGCGGGUGCUGGAGAUGGAGACGAAGCAGCAGGCGGAGCUGGCAGGGGCCCACCUGGAGAAGGAGAAGCUGCAGCGGCUGCUGAGCCAGCAGAGGGGCACCAUCGAGGAGCUGGAAAAGACGCUGCUGGCUGCCAGUGCCAACACCAGCCUGCUCCAGCGCCAGCAGCUCCAGCUCCUCCAGUCCGUGCAGAGCCUGGUGCGCCUCGUCUCCCAGGGCAGAGCCAUGUCAGCUGGGCAGGAGCAGCAGUUCCAGGACUGUGCUGAGGUGCGCCGGGCAGGCAUCCGCACCAGCGGCGUGUACACCCUGCACAUCGCCAACCUCAGUGAGCCCAAAAAGGCCUACUGUGACAUGGAGACGGACCAAGGGGGCUGGACUGUCAUCCAGCUUCGUGCCAAUGGCAGCCUCAGCUUCCAGAGGAGCUGGAGGGAGUACAAGCAGGGCUUUGGGGAUGCAGCAGGGGAGUACUGGCUGGGUAACGAGGCCGUGCACCUGCUGACGAGCCGGGUGCCCUACGCCCUGCGAGUGGAGCUGCAGGACUGGGAGGGCGGGCAGGUGUAUGCCCAGUACGGGAAAUUCCAGCUGGGAAGUGAGCAGCAACUGUACAGGCUGUCGCUGCAGGAUUACAGUGGCACUGCCGGGCAGCAGAGUGGCCUGGCCCUGCAGGGCACCCACUUCAGCACCCGCGACGCCGACAACGACAACUGCCUCUGCAAGUGCGCCCAGAUGCUCUCGGGAGGAUGGUGGUUCGACGCCUGUGGCCUCUCCAACCUGAACGGCAUCUACUACCCAGCCCGCAACAACAUCCGCAAGCUCAACGGCAUCCGCUGGCACCACUUCCAGGGGCCCAGCUACUCCCUGAAGGGCACUCGCAUGAUGAUCCGACCCACCAGCUUCUGAUGCGCCAGCAGUCGGGGCGGCACUGAGAGCGGUGCCAGCACAGAGGGAGAAGUCCAGGACAAGGGAUGGUUGAGGGAGAUUGAGGACCCCCUCCCCCGCCACCAGCCACUGCAGGGAACCUUUUCCACCAUUUUUUUUUUUUUUUCACUCUUGUUUAUCCCAUUUUCCAGGUGCCUGCAGUGUCACCAUGGCCGUGCCGGAGGGACUGCGGGCAGGGGUGAGGGGUGCUGGUGCUGCAAGAGCUGGCCUGGGGGCCCUGCCUUGAGACAAAGCCAGCCCAGCUGAAGUGUGGCUCUGGCACAGGGAAACCUCCCGAUCCCACCUCAGCUUCUCUCCACAGAUUUCUGCUGGGACUCAGGGGGCUUCCCUGGGGACCUGUGUCCAAGACCCCCCACCCAGUGACGACAGCCUCUGGGACCACUGUGCAUUCAGAUGGGCUCCAAGGCAUGGUGGGGGCUUCGCCUUUUCACUAGUUUUGGGCAUUGUAAAGCCUGCACCAUCCCACUUUCCUGCAGGAUUAGAGGAGCUGGGUGGGACAGGGAUCCUCACAAGUACUGGGGCUGGUGGCAUUCUUCCAUCCUCUUCUGCCCAGGCACAGCCAUGAAGGGAGACAUAGGCUGAUCCCUUCCACAUGUGGCUCAAGCCCCUGUCUUCCUGCAUGGCAGGACAGGCACUGCUCCUCACAGGAUGGGGCCGGCCACCAGAGAGGACAAAAAGAGCAGGGGGUGCCUGUGGGGACCCUCUGGGGGCCCAGUCCUGGGAUGGCUGAUAGCCCAGUGCUGGAAGGCACUUGCUGGGAGCAGACACUGAGCUGGCAGGGGGCUGGCAGAGCCCCAGGAUAGCCAGGAUCGGUCUG